AUGCCACGACGCAAGGCAGCUGCGCCAAAGCAGCUGAACACCGAGAACCAGACGGAGGAAGUGCUGGUUGCUGGCGGUACAAAGGGACCUCCUCCCACAUCAGCACCCUCGGCAGCAGCUGUUCCAACAACCACACCAGCCACACAGACCACAGCGACAGCAUCAGCAGCUGCAGACAGCGCACCGCAGCCAAGCUCAGUCGUUGUCAUUGACGAGGACCGCGGCAGCGACGACGACAAUGUAGUGGUUAUUGACGACGAUGACGACGACGAUGUUUAUGAUGAUGACGGCGAUGAGGAUGCCUACAAUGGCAGUGUUGCCAUGGCUGUGGGCAGUGCCGUGGGUGCGUGGUCAAUGCCUUUAAACAACCAACAGCAAUUGCCGUUUGCAGAGCAGCAGCGAGCAUGCGACCCAGCGGCGCCAGCUGCUGCCAGCACCAACACAAACACCGCCACCAGCACCAGCAGCACAAGCGCUGCCAUGACACGGACGAGUGCUGGGGGCGCGCCCAAGCCCAAACAACCGAAAACCAGCCCACCAGCCAAGCAAGCGCUGAACCCGCUUGAGCAGGCGCACAAGGAACGCCGCCAACGGAAGCUGUUUCGCAGGUGCUAUGGCCAGCCCAUCACCAUCCGCGUCUUGCAGGACAUGCCGGUUGGCGAGGACGAGGAGCACGAAGCGUGCUACGGCCACGUGCACAUCCUCCACACGGACCGUUUGACCGAACGGCGAUGGCAGCAGUGUUUGGAUGCUGCACUGCAAGAUGCGAGCAGGCCGGAGUUGGAUGUGUACAUGGAAGCCAACAACGGCAAGCUGCUUACCUCGGGAUGGAAGCGCUUUCGCCAGGAGCGCAAAGAGCUGUACACCGCCAAGUGCGGUCGCGCCUUCAUGCAGUGCGUGACCUUGAAGUCCCGUCUGGCUUCACGCUGGGAGCACGUUGGCCUGCUGCCGCAGUUUGCCAUGAAGAUGAUGCUGCCCUUGCUCAGACUCAACGCCAGCUUUGUCAUGGCCAAGUCAAACCCAACUGUCAUCCACGUGCUUCUCGACGAUACGAAACAGAGUUUCCACAUGGACCGCACGCUGGCCGCUGCGCUGUCCUACAAUCUACAACCCAUGGACAGCCAGAUUCAGGACACGCCUGUCGUCAGCGUAGAACAGGUUCACAACGCCAUGAGAGCAACCGCACGAUCAUACACCAGCACCGUGCAGCAGCCACCGGGCAUUGGUCCCCAGCUCAACACGUACCAGUUGCGUGCGAUUCACUGGAUGGCGGAGCAGGAACGCAACCCCGUCGACAUACCCAUGAUCCACCCGUAUUGGGUGGAGAUCAAGGGCGAUGCGCCAAACACGCUGUGGUUCCACCGCUACGGCGUGAAAAUGGCCACAAUCGCUGCGCCAGAGUGGCGGAUGCGCGUGCGUGGCGGUCUGCUCGCUGACGAGAUGGGACUUGGCAAAACGCUCGAAGUGAUUGGACUCGUGCUGCUGCACCCGCGCCCGAGCAACGGGGGUGAUGAUGGCGAUGAUGACGAUGAUGGUGAUGAUGACAAUGACGAUGAAGGAGAUGACGAAGGAGAGGAGGAGAAGGAUUUGCAAGAAGCGGAAGAAGAUCAGGGAAAAGGGAAAGAAAAAGAUAAGGCACAAGCGAAGGGACUUGAACGAGCAACCGAGGACAAUACGAAUAUGAACUGGAUGCAAAGGGAUGCCGAUGGCAUGAAUGGCCAUGGAUAUGGCGUUUCAACCAACACGUACCCAUCAACAGCUUCAACGAUGCUCUAUGCAACACCAACAUCAGCGUCAGCACCAGCAAUGACAACAGCAGCACAUGUACCAGCAAUGAAGAAACUGGGUCCACAUGAGUGGCAUUGCGCAAAGUGCAGUGUUCCCUUUGUGCUGUACACCCACGACAUUGAUGCUGAGACACGAAAGUUGAUUGCGCGCGAACACGUGCUCUGCACAGAUUGUCUGCGCAAACAGGAGCACCUCGUUGCCAAUUCCACACUCAUCGUAUCACCAGCGCGCAUCUGUGCGCAGUGGUGCGACGAAGUCAAACGCAACGCACCGACAGCUGUGCGCAUUCUCGAUUACACGGGCGCAAAGAAGCUUGGCUCUCUUCACCCCGCAAUCGUCGCAACAUACGACAUUGUCGUGACAACGUACAAGGUGCUGCGUGAUGAUAUCCACUUUUGGAAAGCGUUCAAGAAUCCGCGACACAGCACCCGACGCAGAACCAGCAGCAAGCCGCGCACAUACAUGUGUCCGCUGAUGCUGCUGGAGUGGUGGCGCGUUUGCUUGGACGAGGCGCAAAUGAUUGAGAUGGGCACGCAAAAGGCCACAGAGAUGGCGUGGAACUUCAAGGCUGUGAAUCGGUGGUGCGUGACGGGAACGCCGAUGACAACAAGCGUGUCAGACUUGUUUGGCAUCUUUGGCUUCUUCGACAUUGACAUGGGCACACCGCGCAUGUUCGACGCAUACGUCUGUGACCGAAACCAGCUGCUUCCUGAUGGUUCACACGACAUUCAGCGUCUUGUGAUGUCAUUUGCGUGGCGAUCCACGAAAGAGGAUGUCAAGGAUGAAUUUCAGCUCCCGCCGCAAUCAGUCAUCCGCCACACCCUCCGCUUCUCCGAACUGGAGCGCUACUGCUACAAUCAAAUCCUGGAGGAAUGCAAGUCGCGCGUCAGCAGAGCUGCUCGGAGACUGGACAAAGGCUUGCACUUGUCUGAACUUCAUCCACGCGCGUACAAGGCCAUCUUGCAGCCCAUGCUCGACCUGCGCAAGGCGUGCUGUCAUCCAAGUGCGCUGAACAUUCCCGGCCUUCGCCUCCGCAAGACCACGACGACGCACUCGAUGCAGCAUGUGCAGAAGGAGAUGGUGUACAAGGCGACGCUUGACUGCAGCGAAUCGUUGCGUGAACUCUGCUUUGCGUUGAAUGCUCUUGCCGGCAUCGCUCUGCUGGAACACGAUCCAAAGAAAGCCCUUGGUCACUACAAAGAGGUCAUUGAAUAUUUUCUUCGCUUCGAAAAGGAGUUUUCAUGCGACCGCCUUCCGUGUCUCCACGCCGUCACCAACUACCUCGACGUGCUCAACGAGAUGAAUGACGAGCAGCAACAGCAACAGCAGCAAAACGGCGACAAAGAACAACUACAUGACCACCAGCACCAGCACCACCAGCAACAGCACCACCAACCAGUGCAGCAUGACUCUGCACUGUUGCGAAGAGACGAGCUGGAAGCCAUGCAGUCGCGAUUGCGUCAGCACAUUGCACAUGAUGCAACAUUGCGCGUGCAGAUUGAACGCACCACUCUCGACACGCUGGAGAAGAAGAUCGACAAGAACACCUUGCUGACCAGUAUGGUGUCCUGGAUCGAGCAGCUGAGGGCUUCGGAACGCUUUCUCGAGAGCACUUUUGUCACGAACUUGCACUCGUUCCUGAGCGAGCGUACGACGCGAUGCAAGUUCACGCCGUUCUCGCACGUGUCUUCCGUCGACGGUCUCAUGGCCCUCCUCACAAUGGAGGUCAACACACUGUUUGAUUUGCGCUCAGCAGUGAAGGGGGCGCUCUUUCCUCUCCUGCCGAAUCCAACACCGGAGCAAGUGCAACAUGCUGUGACGUGCCCUUCGUGCCGCCACCGCCGCCACAACGUGCGACAGAGCGGUGGUGACUGCGUCCUGUGUCUGGCACGCAACCCCAUGCACGAGUACGAACCACAUGUCUUUGCGAAUGCAAAGCGAUCCGUCGAAAAGGGGUGGACUACGUCGAAGCCAAUGGGUGAUCGCCGAACUGGCACACGCACGGACGUUGACAAGAUGUACUAUAACGAUCACAACAGGCACAAGAGCCAGCUGCACAUUGUGUUUGACUUUCUCGUGCAUCAGGCGCGCCAUCACGGCAUCCCCGUCUCCGGCGCCAACACCAUGGACAGCCUGCGCAAGGAGUUUUUCACGUUCAAUUCUCUCUCGCAAGCGCUGGACGAGCGGUUCUCAGUCCUCGAUGACCGCCUCAAGUUGCUCCCGCCGGGCGUGUCACCUCAGCCCGGAUUCAUCACAAACAUCGAAUGGGAGCGUGCAGCCCACGCAUCCCAGCUCGUCACGGCCCGCAUGGCUCUCGCGCGGAACCGCGGGCGCGUCACGUAUCUUCGCACCAUCGGCGAGGAGACAAAGUGCACUGUGUGUCACGGCGGAUUUGGGGACUGCAAGACAGUUUGGCUGUGCGGCCAUUGCUUCUGCUUCGAUUGCUGGAAAGAGCUCUUUCGCAACAAGACAAGCACCAAAUGUCCCAUCUGCCGCACCGUCUGCAAUGAGCGCUCCGUUCAGUUCGUGGACACACGCGCACGCACGAGGAGGACUGACGGUGGUGAUGGUGAUGGUGAUGCACAGGGCAGGUCGUCGAAGCCCGAAGACCUCGCGGAUAUUGUCAUUGAAGGCGGACACAGCUCGAAGGUGUGCGAGGUGCUACGUGCUCUGCGCCGCGUGUUUUCAAAACCAACCGGGCAUUGGAACAAAGUCGUCAUUUUCUCGCAGUUCUCGGACAUGCUUCGUCUCAUCCGAAUCGGCGCACGAGAGAAUGACAUUCGUGUCUUUGAGGCCUACGAAUCAACGCAGUUUAAGCGUGCGUUGGACGAGUUCAAGAAAGCGACUGAACACUGUGCACUUCUUCUCGACAUCAAGAGCGGCUCUCAAGGUCUCAACAUUCUUGAAGCGCAGCACGUCUUCUUGCUGGAGCCCAUCCUCCACCCAGGCGUGGAGCAGCAGGCUGUUGCGCGCGUGCAUCGAAUUGGACAGAAGCACCCGACAUGUGUCCACCACUUUAUCGUCACAGACUCCAUUGAGUCAGAUCUUGAAGCGCUGCGUACCAGUCUGGCCGCCGAACACACAUCCGUCACCAAGAAGGACAGAUCACAGGUGCGCAUGCUGUGGCGGCCUGCAGGUUGCCUUGUUUACUUGUUCGAGUGA